AUGGAAGUCGAUGGCACCAUGACGCGGGAACUGAAUGUGAUCCGUGAGGAGCUACGCUGUUUCAUCUGCCGGGAGACCCUUGUGGACCCACACUGCCUUGGUUGCAACCACAACUAUUGCAAACGGUGCAUCGAUGUGCAGUUGCGCAAGGCGGUAUCGCAGUGCCCCAAGUGCAAGAUCCCCAUGUGUCCCAGUGACGUCCAUCGCAAUCAAUUCCUCGAUGGCCUCUUGCAAGAAUGGCGACUCGUCGAAGCGGCGUUGGCCAAGCAACCACCAUCUCCAGUUCUCCAUACCACCAUCGAUCCUGCGGCUGUUGGUACUAGUGUGUUAUCUUCUUCGCCUGCUGUCAAGCGCAAACUGCCGUUGGAGUUUGCCACGCCGCCGCCGCCACCACCCGUCAGCUCCCUCACUCCACCGCAUUCCUCCGAACCUGAGUCCAUAUCAUCUUUGAUGAAUACGCCUCAAUUGGAGUCGUAUCGGAUCCGUCUGCAGCGCCACGCGGCGGCCCUGGACGCCACCAGCCCUACGGACAGUCCCAGCGAUGGAACUCCCAUGAAUUGCACUGCAACAACUCCAGCUUCUCCCCCAGAAACCUUAGCACCAAGCAACGUUGUGAGCAACGACCUCCAACAACGUGAUUGUCUUCCCGAGGUUUCUUCACAGCAGCAGCAGCAGCAGCAUGCUCCUGUUCCCAAACCUAUCAUCUCCCCUUCUUUGCAUCCAGCAUCCCCACAUGCAUCCAACGAGACUGUCAUGUCUAUGAAGACAACACCGUCGCCCGUCCUUCUCGUUCCCCAGUCGCCGCCUCGAACGGAUGCGACGGCCAUGAUGACGGCGGCAUCCUUCCAACCUGGCACCGUGGCCGCCACGCAGGACUACGAAGAUGAUGAAGAAGCCAGCGUACCCGAAACCGAGCUCCAAGUGUACCUACCAAAUGAAAGUGGUCUGUUGCUACCGCCCUCCCAGUAUGAUGACACGGCGCCAUCCUUCACCCCUACUUAUCAACCGCCGCCUCGGCUAUUAACAAAAGGAGGCGAAUGUGGGCCACGUUUUGAGAAUCCCGACGUCCACUCACCGUCGUUUCGCAUCCAUACCCCCUCAAGGACACCCCCCACCACGACAUUCACAAAAGAUCUCCCCCCACAAAGCCCAUCUAAAGCCGUUCGCAUUGUGGCUACAAAUGUUAACAAAGCCGACCGCCGCUUCCUGCUCGACUGCGUGCGCGGCUUGGGCGGUCGAUUCGGCCUGCGUUUUGUUCCGCGUCCAAACCGACCGAACUUCCCUCGAUCCCCCGACGGGACGACCCACGUUGUGACGAGUGUGGACGCGACCACGCGAUGUCCGCGCACCGAGUCGGUGCUGCUUGGCAUGGCCCAUGGCUGCUGGAUCGUGAGCCUCCAAUGGGUCGUGGCGAGCUGGAAGGCGCAACGUUGGCUGGAUGAGUCGCCGUUUGAAGUACUUGGUGAUACCAGUGCGAUGACAGUGACAGCCGUGCCUAGGCGCUGUCGACUGAUGAAUGCAACGCAGAUCUUUGGGGGGAUGUGUGUGUGGGCAUUGCAUGAUGCGAUCGAACAAGGCGACGCCAUGGCGGCCAUCGUCGCCGCAUGUGGCGGGCGGUGGCGUCCAUUUGAGAAAGAUGGUGAAGAAACCUCGAGAACAAGAAGUAGCGACGAAGCGAUGGAGGGUAUGCACGUGAUUGGCGUGGUCUCCAAGACGCUGUCUAUGGCGGCAUGCCGCAACCUGGUGAACAUGCAUUCUGCGCUGCGAAGAAGAACGAUGCCGAUUGUUCGCGCGACGUGGGUUGUGGAUAGCGUCAGCCACAUGGAGUGCCAGCCCUUCGCUGCGUACACGACGACGACAAAGACAACGUAGGACGCAUAGGUCGUAAUAACACAGUGCUAUCAUGUGGAGGUAGAAUAAGACGUCUGUAUUAGACCGACGGUGCGCGAGGGGAGGUGGCGGCGGCCGCAGCAAGUGGCUGGACAGGAACUUGCAUCUCGAAAAUGUCCAGGUUGCCUUCGUGCUUGACUACGUCGGGACAACCACCAUGAUACCAUCAAUCAGAUCAUGGAGAAAAGGAGCAAGGUACCCGCAAUGUUGACCUUUUCGCCAUCCGCGACCGCAAUGUGGCGUUGCACGCACGCGAGCAGCUCGGCUUGGAGGGCGUUGAGAUUGACCCCGCUCAGCGCCACAGACCCGCGUUGGUGUGCCAGGAUGAUCUGUAAUCGCUCCUUGGCGAUGUUCUUGGACGCAGAGGCACCUGAUGAGGCCGCCGGGGCCGCCGCCACCCCCGCUUUGGCCAGGAACGACUGAAGGAAUUGACGCAUCGGUCAACGAAAUGAGUGCAGGAUUGCGAGUCCCCUCAACUUGGAGACUGUUCUUGGUCACGUUUUGUGAAACUAAAUAUUCCGGAUAAAGGCAUACGUUAAUCAAGUGAUGUUGUGGACA